AUGUCGGUGCUCGGGCUUGUGCUAGCUCUUCUCCUUCUUGCCGCGGCUCCAGAAAGAUCCGUUCAGAACGCGACUCAAACAGAUGGGAAAGAGUUCGGGGAGUGGUGCAUAGCUGAUGAGCAAGCCUCAACCGAGGAGCUUCAGAUGGCGCUGGACUGGGCAUGUGGGAAGGGAGGAGCAGACUGCAAAGAGAUCCAUCCCCAUCGACCAUGUUUCCUGCCCAACACAGUCAAAGAUCAUGCUUCCUUCGCCUUCAAUAGCUACUACCAGAAGUUCAAGCACAGAGGUGCCACUUGCUACUUCAAUUCUGCUGCAAUGAUCACUGAUCUUGACCCUAGUCAUGGAUCAUGCAAGUUUGAAUAUCUUCCUUAAGUAAGCGUCCGACAGAAAUUCAGCCUCAAGGAUUCAAGAGUGGGGGGCUACUUGGAGCUCUUACAGUCGUAUGCUUGCAUUUUCUGCUCUUUUUCCCUUUUUCUUUUCUUUUACUUUUUGGUUUCUUAUUCGUGUUCAAGGAAAACCUCAUUAGCUAGAGAGACCAACCAUGCUGAAACGUUCACAUGAGAUGGUUUUUUUAUACAUGAUUUUGUUCUGUUUAUAAUAAAGUAUGUCGUAGAAGACAGCUUUUCGCUUUCGAUUACUAAACAUUAAUAUC